CAGUUAGUUAGGGUUCAGUUCAUUUCAAGCUCAGAAAUCAGAAAUGGCUUCCAUGUUCUGCAACUCAGCUUUGAGGGUAGCUUCCAGGUCCCUCACAAAUCGUUCCAGAACCUUCGCUCAGAAAUCGUCGAUUCCGUCUCUGUUCUCUUCACCUUCCUCCGCCGGCAUUUCUCGUGCAUCAAGGGUUUUGUCUGCAAUUGGAAGUGUUCAAUCUACGAUGCCACUUCACAGCGCAAUUGCUAAUGCGAGGCUCACAUCCAACAUGGCCUGUGAUUCCACCUGCUGGAGCAUGCUUUCUCAAGGUACCUAACUUUGCAGUUCCUCGGUGACAAAGACUAAAGGAUUCAAUCAUUUCGAUCCUAGUCGGGUUGCAUUACAGUUCAUGUUAGUUCCAAUCCUACUCUUGGCCUUUUUCCCUCAUGUCUGUCUCAUGAUUUGUAGCAUGUUUGGACCUGCUUCUCUUUGCUUACAGUCAAUUAUGGAACCCAGAAACUACUCACAGAAGUUUCUCCCUAAAAUUGAUUUUUGUUUAAGAAUCAAUCAUAGAAGAUAUUUCAAACAUGCAUUUGCUCAUUUGGAUUCCUAUCAUUCAGGAUCACAAUCUCUUUUAGAAACUAAUACUAUUCUUUUUGUAAUGUAAACCUUUCUAUUCACAAAACAUUGUGAUACAAGGUAAUGAUUCCUCAAAUUUGAUUAGUCAUCUCUCACUUCCCAGUCUUUUGAA